AUGGCGCCCGGCAUGCGGCCGCCGCUGCAGCCUGCGCUGCGGCCGUCACCAGUGGGUGCCGCAGGCGCCUUGGGCACGCCCGGACGCAGCACAACGCUGUGGGUGGGGCGCAUCGCUUCCACCGUGGAGGCGCCAUUCAUCCAGCAGCUGCUCGAGGCGUGCGGCAAGCUGCGGGAGUGGAAGCCGGUGACAGAGCCGGAGAGCGGCAAGCUCAAGGGGUUUGGAUUUGUGACGUACGAGGAGCCCGAGGGGGUGGUGGUGGCGCUGCAGGUGCUCAACAACCUCAAGCUGGAUGGGCAGGAGCUGGCGCUCAAGUGCAACAAGGCUACUGAGGAGUACCUGGAGUGGUACAAGCGCAACAAGCAGCAGCAGCAGCAUAGUAAAGAGGGGGGCGGUGAGAAUGGCGCGGCGCCAGGCGCGGAUGGCACCGCCGCUGCUGGUGACAAGGAUGCGGUGGCGGAGAAUGAGGCGCUGGGGCGAGUGAUGGAGCUCAUCAGCCAGCGGCCGGCGGUGGCAGGGGCCAAGGUCGAGCCGACCUCUGCAGCAGCCGCAGCGGACACUUUUCUGUCCAACCUGUCAGCAUCCCGUGACAAAGCAGGCAGCGAGCGUGGCGCCAGCAGCGCUGACCGCAAGCGAGAUCGCGAGGUAGAGCGCGAGGCGGAGCGGGAAGCGGAGCGCGAGCGGCAGCGGCAGCGGCGGGAGGAGCAGCGGCGGGAGGAGGCAGCAGAGCGGGCAUACCGCGAGGCAGUGCGGCAGUGGGAGGACCAUGAGCGGAUGCGUCAGCGUGAGCUGGAGAAGGAGCGGGAUCGCGCAGCAGACCUGCUGCGGGAGCGGCAGCGCCAGGUGCAUGCCGACAAUGAGGCAGCCGAUAGCGAUGACGAAGAGGAGCCCUGGCGGCGGCGGCCCUACGGCGGCAGCAGGCGCGCCUUGGAGCGGCGCCGCCGCCGCGAGUUGGAGCAACAGGACGAUGCAGCCGACAGGAAGCGAGAGGAGGCAGAGGCGGAGGCUGCAGCAGCGGCAGCUGAAGCAGAGGCGAAGGCAGCAGCCAACCAACCUGCCGCAGUGCCCGAGGAGCCAGAUGCAGGCAAGGCGGCAGCAUUUGGUGCUGAUGACAGCAUCAUGGCAGCCAUGCUGGCGGCUGUGAAAGCCAAGCCCGACCCAGUUGUGGCGGCAACUCCGGCAGCGCAGCCAGCGUCCGCCAUAGCUGCGCCGGUUGCUAAGCGCAAAGUGCGGGCGGCGUACUCUGAGGAGGAGCUCAAAGCACUGCAUGAGCAGCCGGACGAGGGCGAACAGGGCGGUGCAGCGGGCCCGCCGGUGGCCCAGCCCGCCGCGGCUGCGCCACCAGCUGCGGUCGAUCCUGCAGCAUUCAAGCGGCAGCUGCUGGGGCUCAUCCCCAAGGACAAGGCUGGCGUGUUUGCCUUCCAAAUCAACUGGGCGGUGCUGGAUGCAGCACCCCCAGAGGUCAAGGACAAGAUCUCUGGCUGGGUGAACAAGAAGGUGGCGGAGCUGCUUGCUGAGGAGCCCAGCUUCUGUGCCUUCAUCAUGGACCAGCUGGCGGCGCACGCCUCCGCUGCUGCCAUGCUGGAGGCACUGGGCGAGGUGCUGGAUGAGGAUGCAGCGAGCUUUACAACAAAACUCUGGCAGAUAUUAAUUUGGGAGCAGCUAAAGCUGGAACACGGCGGGGCGUAG